AUGCAAGAGAAAAUGAAAGAAAUGCAGCAUUUCUUUGGGAUAGCUCAGAGUGGGGUUCUGGACCCUCACACCCUCGCCAUUAUGAAAACAGACCGAUGUGGAGUGCCUGAUGUAGAAAACUUCAGUCUCCACCCAGGACAACCCAAAUGGAAGAACCAAACCAUCACCUACCGGAUUGCGAAGUACACCACUGAUCUCAGGAUGGAGCAGGUGGAGGCUGCCCUGCAUUUGGCAUUUAAAUUAUGGAAUGAAGCAACUCCCCUGGACUUCAUCAGAGUAAAUGACAGCAAAGCAGAUAUCAUCAUUUCCUUCACUACAAAGGCUCAUGGAGACUUCUUCCCCUUUGAUGGGCCGAAGGGAGUGCUGGCACAUGCAUUCCCGCCAGGAGAGGGAGUUGGAGGAGAUGUGCACAUUGACGAUGACGAGGUUUGGACGAUGGACUACAGCCAAUCAGGUACAGCAUGGAAAAACGAUUGUCAGUACGAUGAUCAUUUGGAUGCUACUACAGGCUACAACCUGUUCACGGUGGCCGCCCAUGAGCUUGGUCAUUCCUUGGGCCUAUCGCACUCCAAAGACCCCGAUGCUCUUAUGUACCCUAAGUACAAAACACUCCACACUGCCAAGUAUGUGCUGCCACGGGAUGACAUGCUAGCGAUACAGGCACUCUAUGGAAAGAACAAAAGAACACAGAACAGACUCUUGAUCCCUGAAAAGUGUCAUCCUGGUUUUUCUUUUGAUGCUGUGGCAGUGGUUGGACAUGAAAUACUCUUCUUUAAAGACAGUUACCUGUGGCUGAGGAAAACACGGCGCUUAUACCAGACCAGGCUGGAAGAUGGCCCUGUGAGCACGUUUCUCCCAAGCGUCAACUCACCUGUGGACGCAGCCUAUGACCUCCCAGCCCAGAAAGCGGCUUAUGUCUUUACGGGUCCCAAAUAUUGGGUGGUUCAUCGGUUAAGGAUGGCAAGUUAUUAUGGCUCCAUCUAUGAAUAUGGCUUCCCAGUAAGAGUGAAGCACAUCGACGCUGCAGUUCACAUCAGGGAAUAUAGCAAAACGUAUUUCUUCACAGGAGACGAGUAUUACAGAUAUGAUGAAACAGCUGGAGAGAUGGAUCCCGGCUUUCCAAGACAAAUCCAGGCAGACUGGCCAGGCAUCAUGGGCAGAAUUGAUGCUGCCUUUGCACUGAGGGUGGAUCAAAGGUCUUUGCCUUCAGUCCCAGGCAUGGACGCGUUCUGUACGUAUUAA